ACGAUAAUGUAAGGAAGAAAAAGUGUAGGGCUGAACCAGAGGUGUGGCACCCACCCUUCUGUCUUCCAUGGAAUUUGUUGCAAGCUCUGUGAAUGCUUCUUCUUCUCUUCGUUGCUGUCAUAAUACGCCUUUUCCUGCUAUCUCUAUUCCUAAGGUGUCACAAUGGAAAUGUUUUUCAUUAAGGGUUUUGGAAUCUCGGUUUCCGUUGGCACAUAGCAGGAAUAAAUGUGUUGGUUAUAGAAAUAGGGAUUCUGGAAGAGAAUUUUCAGUUGGAGUUGUGUCACGGAUAAGCAGCAUCUGUUAUCCUCAGUGUAGCUAUUUUCCAUCAAGUUGGGGUUUCUUUGCCAAAAGGACGAAAUAUAAUAGUCUUCUGAGACUGAAGGAUUGUUCAGAAAACAUAAGACAGCGUGCUUCUAUUCUAUUUGUGCGGCUGGUUACUGGAGUGAUGUUGGUCAAGUCUGUUUCUCUGGCUUCUACUGAGCCAUCAUGGGGGCUGUCUGAAGAGAAUCUUCUCUUUCUGGAGGCGUGGAGAACAAUUGACCGAGCGUAUAUUGAUAAAAGUUUUAAUGGACAAAGUUGGUUUAGGUAUAGAGAAGAUGCACUUCGCAAUGAACCAAUGAACAAUCGAGAAGAAACAUAUAAGGCAAUAAAAAAGAUGCUUGCCACAUUGGAUGAUCCAUUCACCAGAUUUUUGGAGCCUGAAAAGCUUAGAAGUUUGAGGUCUGGAACUCAAGGCGCUUUAACAGGAGUGGGGAUAUCAAUAGGCUACCCAUCAAAGACUGAUGUGCAAACUGGUGGACUUGUUGUCAUUUCAGCUUCUCCAGGAGGUCCUGCAUAUAGAGCUGGUGUCUCAUCUGGAGAUGUUAUUCUGGAAAUUGAUGAUACAAGCACAGAAAACAUGGGGCUAUAUGAUGCAGCUGAGCGCUUACAGGGACCGGAAGGAACCUCUAUAGCUUUGACUAUUCGGAGUGGUUUGGACAUAAAACACCUGGAAUUAACGCGUGAGAAAGUUUCUGUGAAUCCAGUGAAGUCAAAACUGUGCAAGCUACCUGCUUCAGGAAAUGAUCCCCCGACAGUUGGUUAUAUCAAACUAACAUCUUUUAAUCAAAAGGCUUCAAGUGCUAUCAAAGAAGCAAUCAAUACAUUAAGGAGCGAUAAUGUUAAUGCAUUUGUUUUGGACCUAAGAGAUAAUAGUGGUGGUCUUUUCCCAGAAGGAAUUGAGACUGCCAAAAUUUGGUUGGACAAAGGAGUAAUUGUGUAUAUUUGUGAUAGUCGUGGUGUUCGAGAUAUACUUGAUACAGAUGGAAGUAGUGCACUGGCAACAUCAGAACCCCUGGCUGUACUGGUAAACAAGGGAACUGCAAGUGCCAGCGAAAUAUUAGCUGGUGCAUUGAAAGACAAUAAACGGGCCAUAUUGUUUGGAGAGCCAACAUAUGGAAAAGGGAAGAUCCAAUCAGUUUUUGAGCUCUCAGAUGGCUCUGGAUUAGUUGUUACAGUUGCUCGCUAUGAGACACCUGCACAUACAGAUAUUGACAAGGUUGGCGUCAUUCCUGACCAUCCUCUGCCUUUGUCAUUUCCUAAGGAUGAGGAUGCAUUUUGUAGUUGCCUCCAAGAUCCUGCAUCUUCUUGCUAUGUUAACAGGGUCCAGCUGUUUUCACAAUGACAUUUUUUGAAGAUUGUUGUACAUUAAUUAUUGUGAAGCAUUACAAUUCUUUAACAGAACAUAAAGUUUUAGGGGCUUAUUAUUUUAUUGAGCAAACAUUGUCGCCUCAAAUAUCACGACUAGAGACUCUGUUCCCGAAAUCAACUAAGGAACGGAAAACAGAUGAGUGUACCUGAAUUAGAAUUGCUCACAAUGUGUGAGAUGUUAUUAGGGGGUGAAUAUUGCUGAAAAA